AUGCCGAAGCCGGAUGCAGAGCCCCCGAGUGCGGGCGUGGGUGCCGUCGAUUCCGAGUCCGAGUCGAAGGCGCGAGGGUGCGAGGAAAGCUCCACUCCUGGCGCAAUCACUGAUGCGACGAUGCCGAAGCCGGAUGCAGAGCCCCCGAGUGCGGGCAUGGGUGCCGCCGAUAAAGAAUCCGAGUCGAAGGCAGGCUCCGCUCCUGGCGCAAUCAGCCCCGGCGCAGAGGUGAUGGAUAUGAAUUCCAUGCCAUUGUGUGGCCUCAUCAUCGAUCACUGUUGGAUCAAACUCAUCCUUGCGGGGAAGAAAUGCUGGGAGAUCCGCGGCGGGGAUACGGACAAGAGAGGACUAUGUAAGGGUGGUCUGUGUUAUGGCACGGCUGUCUUGAGUGACUCUUUGGAAAUUACUGGGAACAUGUCUGAUCACGCAGACAAACACCAAGUUCAAGAUCCCGCGCUGUGGCAGCGUUACCAACGGAGAUUUGCUUAUGUGCUGUGCAAUCCACACACUUUUGCAGAGCCUCUGAAAUAUUCUUCGAAAGCCAGAGUGUGGGUUAGAUUGUCCGACGCCGAGCCAGUCACUGCUGCCGAGCCAAUCGCAAUCGAGAGCGAGAUCAGUGAGCCUGUACUUACAGAGCUACAAACAACCGCAGAGCUGCAAGUGGAAGCCAAGAGAUUCGGAAUCAAGAGGAACCUGGCUCGGAGAAAGUUCACCGUGGUCGAUGCUGAACUUGAAAUCACUGAAACGUUCUCGUUUCUGCCGACGCUGGAGAGUCAGCGAGAUGCUCUUGUGCGUGCACGUGCAUUUCAGGUUUCAAUGCAAGGUCUAGCUGGGGAAGCGAUGCUCAUGCAGAAGGGUGCUCUGGUGAAGUUCUUGUCCGAAGCAGGACAGAAAACAACUGGGGCUGUGGCAAAGCUGAGACAGAGGUGGGUGCAGCACAAGCUGCGCGAGUUGCAAGCCCCCACUGCUGGCGCAACUACCGCCGCACCAUCCACUGCGGCGCCCGCUACAUUGGCGUCCGAUAGCACUGGCGCAGUUGAGGGUGCCCCAGCAUCAGCACCAUCGGACACCGGUGCGGCUGAGGGUGUCCCAGCAGCACACGCUUUUCAAAUCUUUUCUGUCGAGCAAGCUCUGCAAGUAGUGGUCGAGAAGAACAAGAGUGCUCAUCCUUCUCUCAAAGACGAGGCCUAUGUGGUCCCACACCAACUAAUCCUGAAAUUUCAGCAAGCUCGGCAACAGAACCGUAUGCAGGAUCACGUUGGCCUGCUGUUCACACAAUCAACGAAGUAUCGGAAGCGGGCUCGCAAGGUGCUCAAGAUGUGCUUCUGGGUGCCGGAGAUGGAUUGGCAGGAGACCUCCAAGCUGACGGACGCAGUGCAGGGGGUAAAGGCCGAGUGUGAUUUGGUGUUUUCAGGGCUGGUCGCCUUCCGAGACAGCCAGCAUCGCUCCAAUGUCGAGUGGGCGCAGAGGCUGCAAGGCCUCCUGAGCGAGGAGGUGCUCAUGUUGGAAAUCGACACCGAUGGCACAAACUCCACAGUGUAUGUCUUCCAGGAUACGGAAGAAGGCGACAAGUUCGUGGAAGUGAGCAGCUACGGUGCCGCCGCCGGCAAGUUCAAUCGAGUGCAGGUGGGCCAUUCUGGCCAGCUCGACAGCCAAGACCUGCAAGUAAUGGUCUCGCGAGUGAUGUCCUCUCCUUCAAUCUUGGUGGCAGACAGUGCAACGGACCAGGGACCGGAAGCUAUUUUGGACCUGCUUUGGGCGGCUGUCAGCCGCAAGAACAAGCCGAUCAGGACGUCUGCAUUGUUCCAGUUGCGCGUGCCCUCGAAACCCCUCUCAGCAUUGCUGAGGAAACACGGUUACCAUGCCACGCCUAGUAUGCCCGUAGACUUUGAUCAUUCUGGUCUCCUAGAAGACCUGAGCUUGAUGUCUGGAAGACGACGUGAGGAGCUACGCCAGGUUUGUCUCGCGAGUCUCUCGAGUCCGGAUGCCGACAAACCCUGGACUGAGGUAACCACGGUAAAUUGCCGAGAGAAAGGGCUCCCUAAUCUUGUUGCCAUGGCUGAGAAGAGAGGCCACCAAGUGGCACAGCCGCUUGAGCUUGCUAUGGCGUUGGGCGGCAUGACGGAGGCCAUGGUGCAGUUCACGAAGGAAGCGGAGUCCGCCAGCACCAAGAAGAGGGGACGACCCUAUGCAACCAUUGAUGAUCGGAAACGGGCGAAGAUUGUGUCCCACGUGAGGCAGUGCAGCUACCUCUCCAGGGAGAUGCGGGCUCGGGCAUUGGAACGAUUGAAGAGGAGGAAACGUGGUGACGAGCUGUCCCUACUCACAAAGCGGCAGAUUGUGGCCGGGCGAGAUGUGGUUUCGGGAGUUCACUCGAUUGCGCCAGCAUCCGAGGUGGAAGCUGGCCUUGAAUUCGAAAGGCGGGGAUUCGCCUCGUCGGUGGACAAGCACUUGGAAGCCACGUUUCCAGGCAAAUACUGCUCGCGGCGGUACUUUCACUGGAAGACACUGUAUCACAAGUGGUGCUGGGGGAGCAUCCCCAGCAAAGACGCAGCCAGAUGGAGACAGGUACCAAACUCGUGGAAGCGGGGAUUUGCCAAUCACAAAGACAACCUGCGUGGAGUGUGUGCUGACAAGCAUGGUCUGCCGCCUGCAGUCGGCGACAUGGUACAUGAGCAGCUGCAGGCCUUAACGUGCAGUGACAGGCUGUUUAGCCGUGCCGAACCGGUUAGCAGGAAAGACGUGACGCACACCAUCACGAGUGUAGUGAACUCCGUCAAUGCCGUCGCAUCGCAAAACAGCACUGAGACGACCCGUUUCAAUUUGCAACUGACGGAUCAGUUUUGCAAGGAAGAGAUAAGCUUCGAUGAAUACGCUGCCAAACUUCAAGCUCUUCCUCGCACGGUGCCUUUAAAAUCCAUGGAGUGGCUGGCCAAGGAUUUCUUGAAGCGAAUCGACUUCACCAAGCAGGCGGUGAACACAUCGGGGACCUACCUCGAGGAGGACGACCCCCGCAUGGUGGCGUUGCCCGUCGUGAUUCAUUUGUGUGAGUAUGGGUUGCAUGGUGGUGUAUCGUUUGUAAACCACUACUGGCGCAACGCAGGCAAAGGUCUCGUGGAGCACCGGUGUUGUUGUCAGGGAUCUGUGCUUCCUGGGCAUGCCACUGCUGGCGCAACGCAUCUAAGGAGUCGUGCUGCACAUGAGAAGCUGCGUGAACAGCACAACAUCCCGCUGGCCCUCAUCUUGAACUACGACCAGACAUGGUUUCAGCCGUUCCGUGCACCGAAAGGCAUCCUCAUGAAGAAGCAAACGAAGAGAGCUCGCUCCGCCGUGACGCGGAUCAGUAGCAUAACGGGUGCACGGACGGGUUUGACUUUCGUGACCACCUCCUUUGCUACGGGCGAAGUGGGCCCAGUAUUCGUGAAUCUGGCACCUGGGACCUUGUCGAAGAAGGACAUGGAUAGCCUGGUCAGCGAGUUUGAAGACACGGCAGUGAUCAUGACGUCCAAAACCCCGUCACACUUCAUGAACGCCGAAGCCACAUGGAACAUGUUUGAAACUCUGCUGACGAAAGCAUUUGCGAAGCAGCGGGACAAAUACCAUCUGUGGGGGCGGUGCGGGCUUCUCCUGGCGGACGCCUUUGGAGGAAAUCACGCGGCUGCUUUCGCGCUUCUACGCAAGAAGUGGUCGGAGGUGAACAGCGUCAUGCUGCCACAAGUUCAACCAGGUGGUUGGAGUGCUCAUGGCCAGCCACAGGACCAGAUUCAUGGAUUCUUCAAGGACAUGUGUGACCAGUCAGUGAGGGGCAGCCUCAAGUUCAGCAGGAACUUGUUCUGCAGGUUGGAGAUCAACUGCACAGGGCAGGUGCGACGGGAGGCAGAUUGCAAGAGUGCGAUCCGAUCUGGGAUCAAGAACUGGCAGCUGAUUCCUGCAGCCAUGGUCCAGAACGCUUGGGUGAAGACCGGUUACGCGACCUGGGAUGAAAUCGAAGCGGUGACCACAGGCAAUCGAGAGAUGGCUCGUGCGAUGCAACAGCAGGAAGAUCCGCACGGUUUUGCUGAUGUCCUGGGGAAGGAGGGCGCUGCUGCUCCGACAGCUGAGGAAGUCCAUGCCAGACUGGUGCAUGAAAAGGCGGUUGUGUGGCAGGUGAAAUGCCCUGCGGACGAGAACUGGAGCUACCUGCCCCAGGCACGAGUCAUGUCACUGCUGGCACUGGUGCUGAUCGUCGAGAAGCAGCUGUGCCUGUACUUGCACCAGCGUGCCAUUGCUAAGCCAGGGCAGCCGGUGCAGCACAUGUGUUCAGUGGUGUGGUCUCUCCGAGCCGGGAAUGAAAUGCGCCAUGAUUGGAUCGUCAAAUACACCGACCUUGUGGACGGCAAGCGAGUCCUCUCCGAGAAAUGCAAGCGGCCUUCACUCUACUCGAUAUUUCACGUCGAUCUUCUCAAUCUCCUUCUCUUCAUUGGCAGCGAGCAGGUCGGUCGAAAGCUGGCGUAUUCCCUAGUCCCGGCUUCCGAUGUGAGCAGCGCAUCCGAUGUUGAAUGGCUGUCUGUGCAAAAAACCCAUGAGAUCUUCGCCAAACAGAGUGCCACUACUGGCGCAACCGGUCGCUCCGGCCAGAAGGUGGCGAACGUCGAGGGCGACCCGGCUCAGGACAACGAAGGCAACCACGAGGAUGACGAGGAGUCCGAGAAUGAGAAUGGCAAGGACGACGAUCAGGAACCGGACGAGUUUCAAAACAUGAUGGUUGCUUACGAAGGCGAUCAGGCUUUGCACGGCGACGGCCAACCAGUGCGACGUCUCGUGGUCGAUUCCAAAAGGCACAAGUACUUCGUCCUGCGUGAGGACGACACGGUCCUGGCAGAGACUGACACUGAGCACGACCAGCCUCCAGAGGAAGUUGGUGAUGCUGACAUGUGGGUCGAAGGAGCUGCGCCCUUGGUCAACCUCCGUAUCGCGGGCUCGCAUGUCCCGGAGCCUGAGCCCGAUGUGACCCGUUUUGUUACAAAGAGCGGCAAGUACACAACUCCAGGCUUGGAACGGCUGCGGAAUCUACUUCCUCCCAGAGACAAAUGCAGAGUGCAGCAGCGGGCUCCGGAUGGGGUAGUGCAGGCAUGGUUUCCUGGAGUACCAAGCAAGACAUUCAGGUUUUCAGAAGCCAGUGUCUGGACGAACGAGACUCUUCCCGUGAGCAUCGUGGAUGCUGCUCUCCGCAAUGCCAUCGAAUGGCCGUGGGUGCAGUUUGGACAUGAGGUUGGGGCGGAGAGAGCCCAGGAGAUGUUCAGGGCUGUGAAAGCCCGCGUGGAUGCGAUGGAAGGCGGCUCUGCUUGA